UCUCCUCGCAGGAAGUGAAGGAAGGAAGACGUUAAAAAUGGCACGAGAAAGAAGCCCAGCUCUAUGGCUUCACCCUCAAACAAGUGUAACCCAUAAAAUACCGGUGUGCCACAGAAUACUGCUGCUUUUAUGGCUACUCCACUUUUCCUCCGUCUCCUCCGACAUAACGGACGGGAACGCGGAGCACUUAAAGCGGGAGCACUCGCUCAUCAAGCCCUAUCAGGGUGUUGGAACGAGUCCAUCGAGUCAGUGGGACUUUUGGGGAAGCACUUUAGUAACCAGCCAGUAUGUGCGUCUGACUCCGGAUGAGAGGAGCAAACAGGGCUCCAUCUGGAAUACAGUGCCCUGCCAUCUAAAGGAUUGGGAGAUGCAUGUGCAAUUUAAAAUUCAUGGAUCAGGAAAGAAUCUCCUCCAUGGAGAUGGUUUUGCCAUUUGGUACACGAAAGACAGGCUACAUACUGGCCCAGUAUUUGGAAACCAAGACCAUUUUGUAGGCCUGGCUAUUUUUGUGGAUACCUUCCGUAAUGAUCUGCAAGGAAUGGAUCGCUCGUUUCCCUAUAUUUCUGCGAUGGUGAAUAAUGGCUCCUUGCCGUACGAUCAUGGGAAAGACGGUCGCUCCACUGAAUUGGGAGGCUGCUCUGUGGAAAUCAGGAACAAAGAUCAUGACACAUACCUGGCCAUUAGAUACUCCAAAGGCAGACUCACGAUUAUGAUAGAUGUGGAUGACAGGAACGAUUGGAAAGAGUGCAUUGAUUUUGGAGGCGUCCGUCUCCCGACAGGAUACUAUUUUGGUGCAUCUGCAGCCACAGGAGAUCUUUCCGAUAACCACGACAUCAUCUCUAUGAAGAUGUACCAGCUGAUGGUAGAGCACUCUCCUGAGGAGGACAGCCAGGACUGGACGAAGAUCGAGCCGAGUGUCAGUCUCCUCAAGUCACCGAAAGAUAAUAUCGAUGACCCGACAGGAAAUUUCCGGAGCACGCCCCUCACUGGCUGGAAGGUGUUUCUGCUUCUGCUGUGCGCUCUGCUGGGAAUCGUGGUUUGUGGCGUUGUUGGCGCCGUGGUAUUUCAGAAGCGUCAAGAGAGGAACAAGAGGUUCUACUAAAAAACUAGGAUUUCAAAGAACUCUGGAGAUUGUAGGCGAAAGAAAAAAGCAUUAAUGUGAAUUUUGAACGGCUGUGUACAUGUGGAUGUUACUGAACUGCUCGACUGGAAGGAAUGCUGCUUUGAUUCUAAAGAAUGGGAUUUGUGGCUUCAAUUAAACGUUUUUUUUUUUAAGUUGAUCUUUCUGAUUUGAAGUACGCAUACUACUACAGUAGUUCAUUUUCAGUUUUGUGUAUACACUUUAUACACUUGAUUUAGCUUCAUUCUCUAAAUCCAUGGUGGUUUUAUUUUUUUAUUGUUUUAACGCUUUAUCUGUGUUUCUUUUCCAUCCACGCAUUGUUUCUGCUCUGGAGUGCUGAUGAAACUGUAUGAUUUACUUAAGAGGAUUUUUAAUGGACUGAUGAAAGGUAUCCUCUGAAAUUGAUCAAAUCAAUGUUAAUAUUUGAAGUUAUUGCCCUUCUCUCUACAGGAUAAUGUUUGUGCCUUGUUUUUUAAACCAUGGGCGUUUUGAAAAUAUUGAACCAUUGGUUAUUUUAUAACUGCAGUGUAACGAGUUCAGCCUUUUUUUCAUCUUUUUUUUUUUUUUUUAAUCUUUGUUAAUGUUUUGCGCGUCUGUUUGAAAUUAUCGCAUUGCACUAAUUAACAGCUGUUUCUGAAAGACGUUCACGUUUAAAUGGGCAGAGACUCUAAAAGUGUUUUUGGUGAGAAAAUAAAGCAGUUAUAACAGUC